AACCUAUGUAACAGAGCUGCACAUACAGAGAUGAGAUAGAAAGCGAGGGAGGCAGGGGAGAGAGAGAGGGGGAGAGAGAGAGAUGGGAGGCGCGGUGAAGGUGUACGGGGUUGUGGCGUCUCCGUUCGUCGCGACGGUGCUGUUGUGCCUGGAGGAGACCGGCGUCAGCUACGAGCUCGUCCCCGUCGACAUGGCUGCGCGGGAACAGAAGACCGAGCCCUACCUCUCCCGAAACCCGUUCGGCAAGAUCCCUACAUUUGAAGACGGGGAAAUCACGCUGUUCGAAUCUCGCGCAAUUUCGCGGUACAUCCUCCGCAAGUACGGACCUGCCGGCACCCCCAAAGAUCUCCUACGAGAAUCCAACCUUGAGGAAUCAGCCAUGGUGGACGCGUGGACGGAGGUGGAGGCGCACCAGUACCACCCGGCCAUCUCCAACAUAGUCCGGCAGUGCAUCAUCAUGCCGCUGAUCGGGGGCGCCCGCGACCAGGCAGUGGUGGACGAGAACGUUGGGAAGCUGGGGAAGGUCUUGGACGUGUACGAGGCGCGGCUGUCGAGCUCGCCGUACCUAGCCGGAGACUUCUUCAGCCUCGCUGACCUCGCGCACUUUGCCUUCACCUACUUUCUCAUGGCCGGCACUGAAUACGCGCCGCUGCUGGAGAAGCGCGCCAGCGUCGGGGCAUGGUGGGAAAGGAUCAUGGCCAGGCUGGCGGUGAGGAAGGUGGCCGCUCUCAUCGACCUCGGGUUGCUGAAGCAGAUGUCGCCUUCUUAAUUGUUCAACACACUAUCCAUAUCGGAGCCUCACUAUGUUCUACCAUAUGGCGUUGUUUAGAUCCAGAGUGUUUGCACACAUUGUGUUCUAUGAAAUAGAUGUUUGCCUGAAGUACCAUAAAAAUAAAACAAGAAUGUGUUGUUUCUAGGAA